AUGGACGACUCCCCGCCCCCCUUGACCCCCAUGCUCUGCUCCCCCUCCUCCACUGUCCCCUCUGCCCCCUCCGCCCUCCUCCGCGCCCCCGUCACUCUCCGCUGCGGUCACUCGCUCUGCUCCUCCCACCUCUAUACUCCGGACAUUCCCUCACCCCCUCGACCUCUGCAGACCCUCCCCCCCACCGCGUUCUCCCGCCCCCCACCCGUUGACGUCACAGCGAAUAAACUCCUUGAUCUACUCCUUGCGGCUGCCGCUGAACGCGAGAGCACACCCCCCCUCCACCGAGACACCGACGAAGAUACAGCCUCAGAACGCGACGUCGACUCGGAUCCAGAGCUCGAGUACCUCCCCUUGUCCCCCGCGCCGCCGAGCCCGGGCGUCGGCGCGGUCGCCCCUCCUGCCGCGCCGUCGGAACCGUUGGACGACGAGCACCACCGCCCGCAUCCUCCGCCGGCCGACGGCCCACCUCCACCGCGGCGCAGGGCACGCACCUCGCAGUCCGAUCCGAGGCACCACCCGCGAAAGCGCCGUCGGCGCAUACACAGCCGUGCAUCUCCCACCCCCUCGCGUUCCGAGCAUCAUCCCAACGACCACGACCGACGUCCUGGCCUGGAAAAGCAGCUGCUCUUGGAGCUCACUUGCGAGAUCUGCUUCGGGUUGUUCUGGCAGCCGCUCACCACACCAUGUCAACACACGCUCCCCGGAUACGUCUACUUCCAGCAACACCCUUACAACAAGACCAUCCUGUCCAUCCUGUUGAAAGCCUUUCCAGAUGCGUACACUGAACGAGGCGCAAUGGUGGAGGCCGAGGAGCGUGACUCACGUUUAGAUACCCCCAUCUUCAUCUGCCAGUUGAGCUUUCCGGGCAUGCCGACCAUCCUACACUUUUUUGAACCGCGGUAUCGGCUAAUGCUUCGAAGGUGCCUGGAAUCAGAGAAUCCGUGCUUCGGCAUGAUUCCUCCUCCACGUGCGGCACCGACGGCGACGGCGAACGGCUCUAGUACGGGCAACGACUACGGCACGAUGCUGGCGAUCCGCCAGGUACAGAUGUUCCCCGACGGGCGCAGCAUUGUCGAGACCUGGGGCACAUGGCGCUUCCGGAUUAUGGACCGUGGCAUGCGUGAUGGGUACACGGUUGCCCGGGUGGAACGCAUCGAGGACUACGAGGACCUGGACCCUGGCGGCAACACACCGCCCGAUCGGCGAGAGCUCAUGAAGACCCUGUCGAAGCUACGGUACGUGCCGAGCUGGGGGACCUCCACGCUGGCGCCAGCACACCCGCGGGUGAUCCUCCUUGGCUCUCUUCCUCCGCCCCCGUCGCCUCUUCCUCGCGACUACUGCCCUCUGCCCCCACCAGUGAUCAUCCAGUGCCAGUGCCAGGCGUGCGGGAGUGGAAGCGGCGGGCUGCAGGACGCGGAUGCUCCCAGCUCGCGCCGCGCGCCCACGAACGCAGAGCUGAUGGCGACAUGCCACACCUUCAUCGAGCAGACCCGUCAGGGCACCCCAUGGGUUGUCCAGCAUCUCAAUAACCUGAAUUACAUGCCCAUGCCCACCGACCCUGCCAGCUUCAGCUUCUGGAUGGCACUCCUCCUGCCGAUCGAUGACCACGAGAAGGCGAAGCUCCUCCCGAUUCGCUCCCCUCGCCUGCGCCUGCGGCUCGUCGUCCACUGGAUCGAGCAGCUCAACAGCCAAUGGUGA